AUGUCGACGGGCCUCGCGCCCUCUCUCCGCCACUCUGCCCGCUCCGUCAAGUCCAGCUCGUCCUCGCUCGGGGACAAGCCGGUCGCGAAGUCUGCUCCGAAGCCUGUCUCGCUCCCGCGUCGCCUGCUCUUUCCUACCCUACCUGCCGAUGCCGACCUUCCGCCUCUGCUAAUCUCUCCCGCCGCUGCGCCUGUUCUGAAUGCUGAGCUUUACGAAUUUUUUGCACUUGCUUUGCGUGCAUAUGUCAACCCAUGGUGGACGAAGAUUACGCGUUACGACAAGGAAUUCCUCCCCGAGAUAACACGCAUCCUCACAAGCGUCGUACGCACGCUCGAGGCCCGCCUUCUUGCCACGGAUCUCUCUCCCCUCAUUUUCCGCGACCUCCCUACACUGCUAACGCAACAUUAUGUUGACUUCCGAAGCGCGAAGGCGAAGUUACAUACCUCGUAUGCGACCGGCGGUGCAGCAACGCUCCCGCAUCUCUUCCACUACCUGCAGCCACACAUGGCCAUCAGCGCGGACGGACAUAUCGACGAUGUCUAUGUUCGACAGGCUGUCGACCACAUUCUGAAGGCUUGUCUCCCGCCAGAGGACUACGACUCAGAGGCAGAGCGGUACAUUGUCCGGGAGAUCAUCCUCAGUGUGGUGCUGAAGAGCGUCAUACCGCGUGUGACCCAGCCUUGGUUCAUCCACAAGAUCAUGCUGGACCAGCUGGGAGCGGAGCGGGACAAAGACAAGAGCGUCGAGGUGUGUCUACACCCACCCCGUCCUGGACAUCACGCUUCCGCGCCGGAUGGUACACAUGCGUCUCGCCAAGGAUUCUCGCUACAAUCACUCGCCAUUGUCUUUCUUUCAGCCAUCCAAUCCAUAUCUGGCGCCUGCCUCGUCCUCAUCCACACGUACAGGCAAACCCGAGAUACUGUCAAGAAGGUGAACGAAAGCACACCUCUCUUCGCAGACUCGCGGUCCCCCAGCCGGCCACUGACCCCCGAUGCCGCACCAAGCCCAGUCCCCUCCCCCAAUCCGUUCGCCAUCCCGGGUAGUCUGUCUGCAUCUGCGCCUCCGAAGGUUGUGUCUCAACCAGUGACGCCGCCGUCCCGAGGCCCACCUACCCCCACCUCCAUCUCGUCCAUCAAUCCUCUCCUCCGGACAACGUCCGCCUCGACAGUCCAGACGGGGUCCAACUCUACCUCGUCCGCUGCUGCCGCCGCCGCCGCCGCCUCCGCUGCUUCUGCCCCGACAUCUCCGUCUCCGCCGAACUACACCGCUCCGUCUCUGCUCCUCGUCCAGACCCUCCUCCCUCCAUCACUCACCGCGCGCGCAUUGACCCAGACAUUCGCCUUACCACUCACCGCGCUCGACCCGUUCCUGUCACGGCUCCUCCCCUACCUCCUGUACACUCAUGCAUUAUCGCCGGAUAGGAUCGUUGGCAUCGUGCGGAGCGCGAGGAGGGCACUGUUCCCCGAAGGCUGGCCCGCGCCGCCUCCACCGGAUCCAACGCCGGAGGAGCAAGCAGCCAUGAGAGCGGCCCUCGGAAGGAGGCUUCUUGCAGCCAUUCCAGCGCCCCUCGCGAUGGCCCUAGGCCCUACGCAGGAGUCACGUACGAACGCGAUUGACGGGAUUCUAGACCCACUGUCCUCGCAGACUUGCAAUGCACACCUCAUGCUGUUCAUUCUCGAUCUCGUAUUGGUGACGAUCUUCCCGGAGCUAGGCGCAACGGAGGCCGUAGUACCUGGCGCUGCGACGGAGGGAUCCGGUCUGGCAGCCAAGACACUUUGA